CCAGACGAGUACUUCGCCCCCGAGCCGCGCCGCAGCCGCUGCUUCUGCGAGGGCUGCGAGAGGGGGAGGGGCGACCCCCGGGACCCCCGGGACCCCCGGGACCCCCCCCUGCCCCUGGGCUGGUGCCGCUUCAGCCUCAGGCCCAAGCCCCGGCCCGAGGGGGGAGGGGGGUGGCAGAAAUGGCCCCGGGCCUAUCACGGCACCAGCGCCGGCGCCGUCAGGAGGAGCCUCGACCGCGGGGAGCUGGUGCCAGGCCCCUGGUCGCUGCUCAGCGCCCCCUGGCGGCCCGAGCCGCCCGGCCCCGCCCCCCCGCGCUCCGGCCCCGCCCCCACGGGCUCCGGGCCCCGCCCCCCCGCCAGCCCCGCCCCCCUGGUGCUGUCCCCGGCCCUGGGCUACGCGGCCCUGGAGGUGUUCGCCAGCCGCGUCACGUUCCGGGAGCCGGGCUGGCCGCGGCCCCGGGGGGCUCAGGUGGCCUUUGAGGUUUGGGUCCGUCCGGGCUCCUUCCGGGCCGGGCCCCCCUCGCUGAGCCCCCCCCAGGGGCUGGACCCCCCCCAGGGGCUGGACCCCGCCCAGCUGGAGUGGGUCACCAAGGAGCCGGGGGCCACCGUGCUGGCCGGGCUGCUGGUCAGGGUGGACUGAGAGCCCCAAAAACGGGGGAGAUGCUCCAGAAAUUCCCCCCAAAAAUGGGAAA